AAGGCGAGAUCAGAUUUUGAAGCUCCCAGCCAUGAAGUCACUGAGCUUGAGAACCCUCCUUUUCUACUUGAUCAGGAUCCUCUUUUCUUACUUCAAGGAGGCCCUUUGCCGCCUCGGAGCUCCCUUCAAGCAUAGUCCACCACCCGACUACAGCCUUGAAUUCAAGGACUACAUGGCGUGCAAAGUGGCGGCAGUGAAUGAGGCCCUGGAUGCUGCAGUCCCCCUGCGUGCCCCACUCAGGAUCCAUGAGGCGAUGCGGUAUUCCCUGCUUGCAGGCGGGAAGCGCCUGCGACCCAUCUUCUGCGUCGCGGCCUGUGAGCUCGUGGGUGGGACGCAAUCCAAGGCCAUGCCCAUUGCCUGCGCCCUUGAGAUGAUCCACACUAUGUCCCUCAUCCAGGACGACCUGCCCUGUAUGGACAACGAUGACCUGCGUCGAGGGAAGCCCACCACCCACAAGGUCUACGGGGAAGCAAUUGCGAUUUUGACCUCUGAUGGCCUUUUAGCAUUGGCAAUUGAGCAUUUCACCCAAAAAGCAGAUGGUAUGAACCCCAUACUAAUUGUCCGAGCAAUCCAGGAAAUCGCAAGAUUGGUUGGAGCAAAGGGCAUCGUGGCGGGCCAAGAGGCGGACAUACGAUCUGAAGGAAUUUCCAAUGUGGAUCUGAAGGAGCUUGAGUUCAUCCACCAGCACAAGACUGCAGCCCUUUUCGAGGCAUCAGUAGUUCUUGGGGCGAUCAUAGGAGGUGGUUCCAGCAAGGAGGUUGAGAAACUGAGAAGCUUUGGCAGGACCGCCGGGUUGCUGUUCCAGGUGGUGGACGACAUCUUGGACGUGACGAAGUCGACCCAGGAGCUGGGGAAAACUGCAGGGAAGGACUUGGUGGCUGGCAAAGUCACCUACCCGAAAUUGUUGGGGAUUGAUAAGUCGAGGGAGUAUGCCGAGGAGUUGGUGCGUGAAGCGUUGGGACAGUUGACAGGGUUCGAUCCUGACAAGGCAGCUCCACUGGUCGGUCUAAUAAAUUACGCUGCCAAUAGGCAGAGCUGAAAUAUUUCAGCUCUGUAUCAUUUCAUCUAGGCCAUCCAUUCCACGGUAUCUGUGGGGUGGAUGACCAAGCCAAAAUGAUUUGGAGAAAGAAGAAAAGUUCUUGUGUCCUCUGUAGGUUCGGUCCAUCGGCGGGCCAUUGAUUUGUCUGAAAACAAGUAGUGGUGCUGGUUACGUUAAUUGUUUAGGGCCUAAUCAUCAACUGUAAUAAUCUGCGAAAGCUCCUUUGUCAAUUCAUCGUUUGCAGAAUUUGUUUCUUCACAAAACCAUCCUGUUCAAUAACUUACAUAUGAUCAAAUUGUAUAUGAUCGAAACAAAACUGAGUCGCCCCAGGACUGGCUGGAACACGAUAUCACUGAACCUUGUGCAGGAGUAUUGGAUCGGGAUGGGAGACAUGUUCGUUUUUUGGGGAGGGAUUCGUAGAUUCCUAGCGCCGCUCCUCUUGAGGAUGUUGCUAAUGGUUUGUUUCUCAGGCAUGUUACAAAUUAGGUGCAGGCUCACAAGUUAUGCGAGUUCUGAACGUA